AUGGGAGACAUCUGCUACAAGUUCAUCCGGCUCCAGAACAGCUUCUGGGGAGCCCAGGCCUGGUGCCAGGCCAAUGGCGGGCGCCUGGUGCACUCCUGGAACCCAGAGACGCAGGCCCUCCUGAACCACUGCCUGGUGGAAGGAGAGAAGUGGUGGGUCGGCCUGCGAGAGCAUCCAGGCUUCUCUGCCCACGGGGCGGACGCAGCUGUGACCCCCUUCCCUGCCGGGUGCAGUUACAUCACCAGGGACUCAGGCACCAUCAGCUCCAGGAGGGACACAUGUGUGCAGGAGCUAUAUUUCAUCUGCCAGUUCAAUACCUCCCCUGAGAGGAACUCGCGCGCCGCUCACCAGACUGGGGAGAUCGAGAGAGAAACCUCACAAGGGGACACCAGGCCGGCCGCAGGGACCGGCACAGACACCAGGCCAGCUGUGGGGACCGGCACAGACAGCAGACCCACCGUGGGGACCGGCACAGACACCACACCUGCCGCGCAGACCGGCACAGACACCAGACCGGCUGCGGGGACCGGCACAGACACCAGACCCACCGCGGGGAUCGGCACAGACACCACACCUGCUGCGGGGAUCGGCACAGACACCAGACAGGCUGUGGGGACCAGCACAGACACCAUACCGGCCGUGGGAACUGGCACAGACACCAGGCUGGCUGCGGGGACUGGCACAGACACCAGACCAGCCACGGGAACUGGCAGAGACACCAGACCCACCGCGGGCACCGGCACAGACACCAUACCCACCGCGCGGACGGGCACAGACACCAGACGAGCCAUGGGGACCGGCACAGACACCAGACAGGCCGCAGAGAUCAGCACAGACACCACACCCGCCGCUGGGACUGGCACAGGCACCAGACCUACUGCAGGGACCAGCACAGACACCAGACCUGCCGUGGGGACCGGCACAGACAGCAGACCAGCUGCAGGGACCAGCACAGACACCAGGCCGGCCGUGGAGAACGGCACAGACACCAGACGAGCCAUGGGGACCGGCACAGACACCAGACAGGCCGCAGAGAUCGGCACAGACACCACACCCGCCGCUGGGACUGGCACAGGCACCAGACUGGCCGUGGGGACCGGCACAGACAGCAGACCAGCUGCGGGGACCGGCACAGACACCAGGCCAGCUGCUGAUGCAUUCCUGCAGGAAAAAUAUGUGCAACGGAACCCAGACGACCGCAGGUACAACAGCACCUGCCAUGCAGACAGCCACACAGCCAGCCAAGGCAGAGCCUGCUGUGCAGCCAGCCACACUGGGAUCUGCAGUGCUGGGGCCUGCCGCUCAGCCAGUCACAUGGAGAACGGCCACGCAGCCUGCCAUGCUGGGGCCUGCCACGCAGGGACCUGCCACGCAGCCAGCCACACUGGGAUCCGCAGUGCUGGGGCCUGCCACUCAGCCAGUCACAUGGAGAACGGCCACGCAGCCUGCCAUGCUGGGGCCUGCCAUGCAGGGGCCUGCCACGCAGCCAGCCACACUGGGAUCCGCAGUGCUGGGGCCUGCCACGCAGCCAGCCACAUUGGGUUCUACUAUGCUGGGACCUGUUAUGCAGGAACAGUCACCACCCUGCAGGACCCUAACCUGGACCCAUUUACAGUGAACUCUUGGACAUUGCUCCAGGAAGCCUCCUCGGACAGGGCCCUUCAGGCCAUGGAGGACACAAUGAGACAAUUCAACCAGGCCAUCCGAACUAUCCACCAUCUGCCAGCGCUGCAGAGAGCCUGCCACACCAUCCAGCGCCUGACGGAGGGCACCAGCCUGCUCUCAGAGGCAGCCCAGAGAGAGGCCAGUGAGUCGCUCCUGUUCCUGAGCACUCAGCUCCUGCAGGCACCGCUCCCCAGCAACAGCAGUGGCUCCGCCCGCACACCCGCAGCCACCUCGCUCUUCCAGUCCUUCAGCCACCUCCUGACGGCCAUGGACAGCAGCGCACCCACGUCGCACUGGGCCCGGAACCAGCUGACGGAGGCUCUGGAGAACACCAUGGCUGCGCUCACAGGGAUACAGACGGUGCUCUGGGAGGGCAGCUGUGCUGUGGAGUCGUCUGUAACAGUGACCUCUCCUGUGGCCAGCACAAUGCUGAGCAGCCGCAACGCCUCCACUUUGCCCCAGAGCUCGUACCAUCUGGCUCAGCCAAUGCCUCUGACGCUGGCCUUCCCAUCAGCCUCUGCCUGGGGAGUGCUGCUGAGCAAACACCCCCGCGUGCAGGUCCGGGUAACAGUCCUGGCAGUCAACCCCUUCAAGCACCUGGACAGGAAGGAGAUCAGGAGCGUUGGGAACAUCUUCCUCACCGCCAACAAGGAAUCUAUCCAGGUGCAGGACUUACCCGAGGACAUAGAGAUCCGGCUGUGGAGAGACGAGAGCGCAGAGACAUAUCCCACUGGCCUCAACAUCAGCACAGAGGAGUUUGUGAUCAAGGUGAACAUCACGUCCAUGGAAGACGCCCUGAUCCUCCGUGUGCUUCCUGACAUUCCCCUGCCCAUCGAGCUCUACCUGGGCUACCAGCACCCAGUCAACGGCUCCCAUUCUCUCCUCAACACCACCCUGCCCACCGGCCAUGGGCAGCAUUCUGGUGACAACUACACUUGGGUGCUGCGUCCAGCGAUGCUGCAGCUUGGCCCAGGCCCCUACCAUAUAACGGCCAUGGUAAGGCAGAGCCCAGAGCAAGAGCUGCCAAGCCACGUGACAUACACGAUCACCACCAUCGCCACGCAGUGCCACUUCUGGGACCACCGCAGGAAGGCCUGGAGACAGGAUGGCUGCCAGGUGGGACCUCAGAGCACAGUCAGCAGCAUCCAGUGCCUGUGCAACCACCUCAGCGUCUUUGGCAGCUCCUUCUUCGUUGUGCCCCGGACGGUGAACAUUCAGGACACAGGCAAGCUCCUAAGCAAGGUGGCCAGCAACCCGAUUGGGGUGGCCUUGCUGGCCAGCCUGCUGGUGCUCCAUGGUGUUGUUGGCAUGUGGGCGUGGAGGAGAGACCAGGUGGAUGUGAGAAAGGUGAAGGUCACAGUCCUGGCAGACAACGACCCCAGGGCUCACGUCCGGUAUGUGGUCCAGGUCUUCACUGGAUACCGCAGGGGAGCAGCCACAACAGCAAAGGUCGUGCUCACCCUGUAUGGGACAGAGGGACGGAGCGAGCCGCACUGCCUGCGGGACCCCCACAAGCCUGUGUUUGAACGUGGUGGGCUGGACGUCUUCCUCGUAACCACCUGGAGCUCCCUGGGGGAGCUGCACAACAUCAGGCUCUGGCACGACAAUUCUGGCUCCAGCCCCUCCUGGUACGUCAGGCAGGUGGUGGUCAGCGAUGUGACAGCCAGGAGGAAGUGGCAUUUCCUCUGCAGCGCCUGGCUGGCUGCGGACCUGGGUGACUGCCAGCUCGAUCGGGUCUUCCCAGCAGCCUCCAGGAGCGAGCUACUCUCCUCCAGGCAUCUGUUCUGCUCGGCGCUUGUGGAGAAGGUGACACACGACCACCUGUGGCUGUCGGUGCUGACCCACUGCCCCUGGGACCCCUUCACACGGCUCCAACGCCUGGCCUGCUGCCUGACACUCCUGCUCUGCACCAUGGUCAUCAACAUCAUGUUCUGGAGAGACCCGCCGGAGGCCCUGCAGCCAGCAGGGCGUGUCCUGCUCACCUGGCAGGAGCUUGUUACCAGCGUGCAGACUGCGCUCAUCCUGCUCCCUAUCAACCUGGUCGUUGGGCAAAUCUUCCAGCUGGUCCCACCGCAGGAACUGCCGCUGCCCCCCAUAGGCAUCCGGCUCCCGCGGGCCUCUGCACCUCCCCAGGAGGUGUCCUCCCUCAAGCGCAUCACGCAGGAGCUGAAGGCGACAGUGGGGUUUCUGUCCAGGACCAAGCUCUGCCUGGAGCACGAGGCUCUGCCCCAGGAGAUGGACAGUGUCCCUGAGCUCGUGCGUAGCCUCUGCUGCCUUGUCGGCUCUCACCUCCGCAGGGGCGUGGAGCCAGCGGAGCCCUGCCUGGUUAACGAGACUUAUCACCAUCUCAGCAGCCACCUGAGCCGCGUGCUGGGGCCGCUGCUGGCCCAGCUCCGAGCCCUGGACCUGAGCAAGCUCUGCAAUCCCCACGACUACCUGCAGGCAGCCGGCCGGCUGCAGAGCCUGCUGGAGCAGCUGGAGCAGCCAGGCCCGCGCCAGGAGCUUGGACUGGCCAGGGGCGGGAGGAGCUUCCCCAUCUCGGAGCCCCGAGGGCAGAAGGCCACCAUCCCCUUCCAGCUCCCGCGAGAGGCUCUGUUCAUCUGCUGGGUCACCGUGGCUGCCACCAGCCUGGCCUCAGCCUACUUCACCAUCCUCCUCAGCCUGCAGCUGGACAGGCAGAGAGCCACCAGCUGGGUCGUCUCCAUGCUGCUCUCUCUCCUCCAGAACAUCUUCAUAAUGCAGCCACUGAAGGUGGCUGGGCUCACCCUGCUCUUCUCACUGGGGCUGAAGAGGAUGCUCUGGCAGGACAAGGGGAAGGAGCAGCAGCUGCAGAGGAGCCUGGCUCUCCUGGCACAACUCGUUCUCCUGGCCUCGCUGACGGUCGUGUGCUACACGGAGCGGAGCCCCCACGAGCUGUACUUCAAUGAGGCCAUUCGCAAGAGCAUCACACCCAACUUCCACCGCAUCCGCGGCCUGGGGGACUUCUAUGGCUGGGCGCGCGGCACACUCCUGCCCAGCCUUGACGGGCCACACCCAGGGUUCAUCUCAGACGGAAACGCCCUCCUCCUCGGCAGCGUGCGACUGCGGCAGCUCCGUCCCCAGCCACAGCACCAGCUCUGCUCCUGCCGCCAGCAGGACGCAGGGGGCCACGGGCCUGGCUGGGGUCCCCCUGGCCAGAGCAGGGGGGCACAGGAUAGCAUCUGGGUAAACCACGGCGCAGAGAGCCUGGGGGAAUACCCCGUGUGGGGGCAGCUGUCCCUCUACCCGGGAGGAGGCUACCUGGCACACCUGGGAACCAACUCCAGCCAUGCACACAGUGUCCUGCAGCACCUGGAGCGGAGCCAGUGGCUGGAUGGAUGCAGCUGCGCCAUCUUCGUGGAGUUCACAGUCUAUAACGCCAAUGUGAACCUCUUCUGUGUGGUCACCCUGCUCCUGGAGACCCCCGGGACAGGUGCCUUCCUCCCCUCUGCAGAGCUGCAGAGCAUCCGCCUCUACAGCAGCAGCGGCUUGACCCAGCUGACCUGCGCACAAGGCAUCUACGUCCUGCUGCUGCUCUUCUACACCUGGGUGCAGGGGCGGCGGCUGAAGCAGCAGAAGUGGAGAUACUUCGGCAGCCAGAGAAAUGUGCUGGACAUAAGCAUAAUUUUCAUCAGCCUGGCAGCAUUUGGUGUGUACAUCAAGUGCCGUCUCCUGCAGAAGAGUGUGAUGGAGAAAUAUCACCAGGACCGGAGCAGGUUUGUCAGUUACUACGAGAUAGCGCAAGUGGCCUCUGCUCUCACCUACCUGCUGGCCUUCCUGGUCGCCCUGGCCAUGGGGAAGCUGUGGAACCUGCUGUGCCUCAACCCUAGAAUGCACCUGAUCAGCAGCACACUGCGCCGAGCCUGGCAGGAGGUGCUGGGCUUCCUGCUGAUGCUGCUGGUGCUGCUGGCGGGCUACUCCAUGGCAUGUAACCUCCUGUUUGGCUGGAGCAUUGCGAACUACAAGACUUUCUUCAGCUCGUCUGUGACCAUUGUUGGGCUCCUGAUCGGGAUCUUUAACUAUGACAUGGUGAGCGCCCAGAGCCUGGUUUCCCCUAGAACAGGGCUCAGUGCAAUCAAGGACCUGUUGCUGCCCGGGGAGCAGCUGCUUGUUAUCAACUUAGACCCAGUCUUGGGGUCCUUGCUGAUCACCACCAGUGUCAUAUCCAUGCUGUACGUGGUCAUUAACCUCUUUGUUUCUGGCCUGCUGACAACCUUCAGUGAAGAGCGAGCAUCUGCAAACAAGGAUGAGUCCAUGAUGGAAGUGAUGCUCCUAAAGCUCUCUGGCCUGUUAGGAAUUAAGCAGCAGGCCCUGCAGCUGACCAGGCUGGCUGGAGUAGCCGAGAAGGCUGGACAUGUCUGAAGCAUGAGCCCACAGCUGUCAUUUCCAUCCCCCAGAGAUGUGUUUCUGCUACAUAACUUCAGCUGUUGUCUUGAUUAAUCGUUUGCUCCCUCCCCGUGCAUGGCCCAAGGGGAGCAAUGAAGGAGCAGGACAGUUAUAUUUCCAAUAAAUAGUGUAAAAGUUAAAUGUCUACAACCCUGGUCACCAGAUUCCCCUUCGUGGAGCUCAGCUCAGCUCUGCCACUCAGCAGCUCUGCCUAGGAUCCCCUAUUACAAGUGUCCACCUGGCACCCAGAGAACAGGGGCUGUGGGUGAUAUAGAGAGAGGCCCAGGCCAGACAGGUCGAGCCCCGUCUUGCCCAGCUGGUUGACUAUUACACUUCCUGAUCUUUAGUGAGACAGUCAAUUUACCAUUUAGCAGCUGCAAAGUUCCUGGCUGUUCACAGCAUCAUACAGCCAAACUGAUAACCCUUCCUAGUCCUCUGGGGAAGCACCAGUCACAUUUUAGACAAAGAUGGGCCUACCCAACCCUUUCUGCCUCUAGACCACACUGAAAAGUCUCAGCUCUUAGUUCUGUUCCUAAGGAAGCCGUAGGAACAUCCUAGUGACAAAUGUUUCCACUUCAGGUGUGCACUAGGCCAGCGGACAAACUGUUAGCAGCUGAAUCUCCGAGAUUGCAAAGCGCUGCUGUACCCUAUCCCCACCCUCUGAGCAUCAGCAGGGGCCAGGCAGCACUGGCGGGGAGCAGUAGUUGGUUUUACAUCCAUCACUUUCUAGCCACCUAGUUGUCUAUGCUCCUGGCCUGAAAGUGUCUGACCUGCUGGCUGGUGGCAAUCACACUCCUUAAAAAGGGUGGGGAGGCAGCAGCCUUAUUCCCUGGGCCCCCGACAGUGCUGCAGUGUCAGGACCCAGAGAGGGCUUGUUCCAGGCCUGUCUCAUUCACUUCUACAGCAUCCCCAGAGCAGCUACUCUUGUCCUGGGAAGCCCUGCAGUGACAGCAGCCCAGGUCUGGAGCACGCCCAUGGGCUGUGCUUCGUACAGAUGUUUACCAGCAUCUUCACACUCAGCCCCAGCCUAGGCGUUUCUCCAAACCCACAAAGCCUCACAUGGGGGGGGGGGGUAGAUUUUUAAAGACAGAGCUCAUGGGACAGGGCUACUAGAAGGGAGCUCACUGAGAACAGUCCAGCUGAACCGUAGGGGCAAAGGCAAGAUGGCUAAAGGCAAUGAGGGUGUGGAAAUGGAGGGAAGCAACAUUGAAGAGCUUAGCGCAGUCUAGUCAUGGGUGCCAGAUAAUCUCCAGCCCAGAAUACCCAAAGAAGUGGCACAAGAACUGGCAUGUCUGGUAGAAAGGGUUGUUAACAAAUCUAUCCGCUUGGGGAGGUACCAUACCACUAGAGAAUAAUAGCCGCAGAACCUAUAUUUAAGAAAGCGAAAAAAGUGAUCCAGGCAACUACAGAUACAUCA